UUAUUACGUCAUCAAACGAGCUUCGAACACCACGACGCUUGCUCGGCUUGGAUCGAUUACAGCCCCCCGAAGCGAGCGGCGCAGCCUCCCUUCCAUCCCUCUCCUUCGUAUCCUCUCUACGGCGACUCAUGGCGCUUUGGGACCAGUGGGUGGAGGCGGCUCUCUCGAAGUUGGCUUCCAGGAGCCUGUUGCGUUCCACUCGCCCCAUCUCCCUCUCGCCCACUCCGUCGAUCGACGGGCUCGAGACGUUCGACGGGCCGCGGCAUUUCGAUAGGUCUUCGGUCGAGGUGGACAUGGACGAAUGCACCUUCAGCCAGUGGCUUUCGGAACUCCCCAACCUCGCAGGAGGUGAGACCAGAUGUAAGGAUAAGAAUGUCAGCAGGAAGCUGCUGCUUUUUUCAGGGAAUGAUUAUAUGGGUUUGAGCUUCCAUCCGUCCCUGAGGAAGGCUGCUGCAAAGGCAGCUCAAGAACAUGGUAUGGGUCCAAGGGGUUCUGCUUUGGUCUGUGGCUAUACUAAUUAUCACCAACUACUUGAAAAAUCUUUGGCGGAACUGAAGAUGAAAGAGGAUUGCCUUCUUUGCCCUACUGGAUUUGCUGCCAACUUGGCUUUUAUGUCAGCUCUUGGAAGCAUCAGUUCUCUGUUGUCCAUUAAUGGCAAACCAUCACAGGAUGCGAGAAUUGCCAUUUUUUCAGAUGCCUUGAAUCAUGCAUCUAUAAUUGAUGGGAUUCGUCUUGUUGAGAGGCUGCAAGAAGCUAAAGUCUUUGUGUAUAAGCAUGGUGACAUUGGUCAUCUCAAUACUUUGUUGUCAGGCUGCAAGAUUGAAAAAAAAGUUGUCAUCACUGAUACUCUAUUUAGUAUGGAUGGAGAUUUUGCUCCAAUAGCUGAUCUUGUAAAUCUUCGCAAGAAGCACAACUUUUUAUUAGCUGUUGAUGAUGCUCAUUCCAUGCUUGUGUGUGGGAAGAAUGGUGGAGGUAUACUAGAAGAAUAUGGGUGUGAAAGUGAUGUUGACAUAUGCAUUGGCACUCUCAGUAAAGCAGUUGGUUGCCAAGGUGGUUUCAUUGCAUGCAGCAAUAAAUGGAAACAACUAGUGCAGUCAAGGGGUCGCUCCUUCAUAUUCUCAACUUCACUUCCAGUGCCUGUUGUUGCAGCUUGUCAUGCUGCUCUUUUUGUGGCAAGAAAGGAGAAGUGGAGGCAAAUUGCAAUUUGGAACAGGGUGCAUGAAUUCAAUGUUCUGACCCAAAUGAACAUCACAAGUCCAAUAAUUUCUCUGGUUAUUGGUAGUGAAAAGGCGGCACUCAGUGCUAGCAGGCAUAUGCUUCAAUCUGGUUUUCAUAUAACUGCUAUCAGGCCGCCUACAGUCCCUCCAAAUUCUUGCAGGUUGCGGAUUACACUCAGUGCUUCCCAUUCUUUCGACGAUGUCAAAAGGCUCGUUUCUGCUUUAUCCCGCUGGUUUAGUUUCCCAGCUGUCGGUGACAAUGCUCAAAUAGCUUCGAAACUCUGAAAGUUAUAGCAGCUUUAUUAGGAGAACAUUAGGUACCAAGGAUUAUAAGAUCAUAAAUAUCUAUAGGAAAUACAUUCAAAUUGGAAACUAAGAAAUCCAUAGUUCAGACACCAAUGAGCUUUGCAUUGGAGUUUGUCAGAGUAGCCGAUCCAUUUUCUAUUCAGACGGAAACAAGUAGGGCCAAACUGUAUUUCGUUCCAAUUUCUGGCAUUGCAAAUCAUAGUUAUACUGUACAAAUGGAAUGGACUGGACUACACUACAUGACCUUUUUCCGGUUGGUACAUAGAGUUUUAUCCUGCAUUGUAAUA